AUGGAUACAAGUGGAUCAUCUGGUUAUAUUGGGAAGACACAACAUCUCCCUGAGCUGAGGAUUGUGCUGGUGGGAUCGGAGGUAUGUUCAGCAGGAAACACCAUCUUGGGCAAACAGGAGUUUGCACCUGGAAUAAAAACUCUAGAGGGUAAGAAGGUGCAGGCUACCAUAGAUGGGAGGCAGGCCACUUUGGUGCACACACCUGGCUGGAUCUGUUAUUUUCCUGUUGAAGAUUCUCCAGAUCUGCUGAAAGACCAGAUUUUGUCUAGUGUGUCUCUGUGUCCCCCUGGACCCCAUGCUUUCCUGUUGCUCAUAAAUCUGGACUCUUCAUUCCAAGAGAAACACAGGAUAGCAGUGCAGGAACACCUGGAGCUUCUCGGCGAAACAGUGUGGAGACACACUAUACUGCUGUUCACCUUUGGGGACACUUUCAGGGGAAUGACCAUCAAGCAGCACAUUGAAGAAGAAGGACAGGCCCUCCAGAUACUUAUAGAGAGAUGUGGGAACAGGUACCAUGUCCUCAGCAAUAAGGAAAGGGGGGAUAACAUGCAAGUCACAGAGCUGCUGGAGAAGAUUGAAGAGAUGUUAGCAGGUCGAAUUGUCCUUCCUCUCAAGACUGAGACACAAAGUGAAGUUAUGGAGGAGAUAGACGAGAAGGACAGAGAGACCCUGGGGGUUGAUCUCAGCACAGAGAAGCAGAAACGGAGCUGA